CGGCAACUCGUAAACUUGCAUUUUCUGGCACGAAUCUCGAUGAAUCACUUCCGCGUGACGUUCUACGAAUGGAGAUUGUUAAGAAGACUUUUCUUCAAGAGCCGCACCAAAUGCAAGAGGAUGCAUUCCAAACAAGUGUCUUUUUAAAAUCAAAGAAUUUAAAAGACAAUGGUAAUCGCUAUGGGAUUUGAGGGUAGCGCGAAUAAAUUAGGCGUUGGAAUUAUUCAAGAUCAGACUGUGUUGUCAAAUGUACGACAUACCUAUAUUACACCACCAGGCGAAGGAUUUCUACCUCGUGAAACUGCACAACAUCACAGAAAACAUAUCCUUGAAAUUUUGCAAAAAGCAUUGGACGACGCUAAAAUAACAUUAAAAGAUGUAGAUGUGGUGUGUUAUACAAAAGGACCAGGAAUGGGAGCACCGUUAAUAGUUGCCGCAUUGGUAGCCAGAACAGUUGCUCAGUUAUACGACAAACCAAUUGUCGCUGUAAAUCAUUGUAUCGGGCAUAUAGAAAUGGGACGUUUGAUCACAGGAAGUAUAAAUCCUACUGUUUUAUACGUUUCUGGUGGAAACACGCAAGUUAUUGCGUACUCUCUGCAAAAGUAUCGAAUCUUUGGUGAAACAAUAGAUAUUGCUGUUGGAAAUUGUUUGGAUCGUUUUGCAAGACUGUUAAAACUUUCAAAUGAUCCUAGCCCCGGUUAUAAUAUAGAACAGUUAGCAAAGAAAGGAAAAAAAUUGGCUCCAUUACCCUAUGUAGUAAAAGGAAUGGAUGUAUCUUUUUCUGGUAUUUUAAGCCACAUUGAAGAACAUCUUUCUUCUUGGAUCGACUUAAAAGAAUUUACUCCGGAAGAUUUAUGUUUCUCUUUACAAGAAACAAUAUUUGCUAUGCUUAUUGAAAUUACAGAACGUGCAAUGGCCCAUGUGAACUCGUCCGAGGUAUUAAUUGUUGGUGGUGUAGGAUGCAACGUAAGAUUGCAGAAUAUGAUGGAAAUCAUGUGCAAAGAGAGGAAUGCAACGCUUCAUGCUACAGACGAACGAUUCUGUAUAGAUAAUGGUGUAAUGAUUGCUGUGGCAGGAUUACUUCAAUAUAAGAGCAGCGGACAUACUUCCUGGACACAAACAACUUGUGUACAGAGGUAUCGGACAGACGAUGUUCAUAUUUCUUGGAGAGAAUAAAAUAAUUCCAAAGACAUUAAUUCUUUAUUACAAUAUAUUUAUAAAUCACUUUGAAGCUUUAG